AUGAAUCUUGACCAUAUGGAAGAACAAAACAUAAUCAACACCUUCACAAGGAAGAUCAUAAAAGCCAAAACGGGCAAUCAUAACCCAUUAAAAAGAUCUUUGAAUGGGGAAUUUAUUUACCCGGAAUCCUCUGGAAUCACCACUAACAGAGGUAACAAAUUGUUACAAAAAAGUGAAUUCGUCGCAAGGUCGAAUUUAAACUCAGUGAAAGCUGAUAAUGAAAACGUCAUCUUCUAUAAUGGAUCUGAACAUAAUUUGUUGCAAAGAAGGUAUAAACUUCCCAAACAUGAAAUUAAGAUUGAAGGAAAGACAUCUAGAGUCGAAGGUGGAAAGGCGGGCGAGGAUGAGGAUGAGGACGAUACUGAUGACGAUGGCGAUGACGAUGACGAGAUACUAUUGCAAGAUGUUCCAUUGGAUACGUUAGUUAAUGUGAAGGAACUUUUGAUCCCAAUUACUUCAUUGUCUGAUAUUUCUACUAGACCGGUACGUGGAGCUCCCUUUAAGAGUAAGAUUUUGAAUGAAUUAACAUUGAAACUUGUGUUAAUGGUGGAAAAGGAACAAGAUUCCGUGGUUAGAUAUUCAAAUAUGUUGGAAUUGUUUCUUGGUAAAUUCCCAGAACAAUUACUCGAAGAAAAAUUGGGAUUAGAAGAUUAUGAUCAUAAUUUGAAAUUACCAGACGAAGAGGAAACUGAGGAACAAGAACAGAAACAACAGAAACAACAGAAAGACGAAUCAGUAAAUGAGGUUGACGUUGAAAAUACCGAGGCUAUAUCGCCGCCAUAUGCACAAACCAACAUAGAGGAAACCAAAGAAGUACUUGACACUAUAGAGUCUGAAGGAAUGGCCACUCGAAGUAGUAAUGUUAAACUUCCAGAAAAGAAUAACGUAGCAACAGACCCUAUCAUUGAUGAAAUAGAUGAUCCUUUCUUCGCAUUACCAUUUAUACAAACGACAUCAAAUUUAAGUAACUUUCUAGGGAGUAGUACUACUACUACUACGUCAUCAGUAAAGCAAGCUGCUCCCUCUUUGAAUGAUCAUAUUGAUGCUACGAGACAAUUGUCUCAAAUAGCAUUACAAAGAAAUAGAGAAUUUAUUAGAAAUUUAAGUGAAAUAAGAAAUUGUUUGGCAAAAGUGAACAGAAUACGAGAAAGAGUUUUCGCAUGGAGUAAAGAAUAUGCUGGAAUUCAAGAAGAUGAUGUUAUAAUGCCAAACGCCUUAAGAGUAGUGAAAAGAGGUUUAAUAAGUGCAGCUACAAAUAGAACAAUGGGUGCAGACGCUGUUCCAGCGACAUCAAUCGAUCCAGAAGUUGAUGAUGAUGAAUUGGAAACGGAAGACAUUAAUGCCUAA